AUGACUGAGAAUCGCUAUCGCCCAUCCUCUCCACCCCGGCGGUAUGCCGAUCCUCGUGCUUCUACUGGCAUGGUAUUUUCUACAUCCUUUGAUGGGACAAAUGCAAGAUAUGCUUCGCAACCUCGCACUGCAGUCGAUUCCUUCCCACUCGCUCGUCAUGGAAGCAUAUAUACCACCCAGCCAGUGAGGAAGACAUUCCUCGAUGAUUCUCACCCGGGCGGAUCAAUCACGAGGACAGAAUAUAGUGUUCGUCCAAGGAACAAUUCUAACGUUUCCGAACAGCGACGGCCCAUGUCCACAUACGUACCAAGACCUUCUUCCCCUCCUCGCAUUCGACCCACCGUAAUUGCCUCUGCCCGGGAUGAUCCACGGCCUCACAUUGCUCCCUUGAGGGAAGAACGCUACCUAGUACCUGCUUCAGGCCAGCCCCGACAUCACCACCGUCACGCCUCUGCCACACGUGCCGAUCAGGACAGACUUGGACCAGUCAGAAUUCCCAGGCAGCCAGAAUACCAUCGAGGGGGUGGUUACAACACUAAGCCUUAUUCAUCCAAUGUUGGCCCUUUGAAAGAUGAGGACUUCUCUUACACAACCCCUAAAGAGCAAUUUCUUCAAGAGUCUUCGAGGGCUCCCCAGCGCCGAGAAAGUUAUAGUCGACGAGAACGACCAAUAAGCACGAUUGGCAUUGUUCCAGAGUACAGGAUUCCUCAGGGCAGAAGAGAUCUCGGUCCUCCACCAUCCUCCGCCCGUAUUCUAGAGAGAAUCGAUCGACCCGACCCGUACAGACCGAGCAACACUCGUGGCACUGACAGCGAUACUGAUCGCGAGCGUGGCAAUGAGCUUCCUACCCGGCGGCACUCCACUCGUGCUCCUGUCCUGCAUCACUAUCGAGACGACCGGAACGGCCGUUCAUCCCCCAAAGAUGAUCGUGAUGCUCGUCCUGCUCCUCGGCCGCGACAUGAUCGCUAUGAAGAUGAUGAUCGUCCCCCCAAGCAUAGACAUCGGGACGAUCGAGACAGAGAGCCAUUUUCAUCUCGCGACAACGAUCGGCCCCGCGAGCGCGACCGUGACAGAGACCGAGAACCCGAUCGUGAUCGAGAUUGGGAGAGAGAUCGGGAUAGGGCGCGAGACCAUGAAAAGAACGGCAAAAUUCCUGAUGAGCGUCGCAAACCUCGAAGCCGGGAUGCAAGUCCAGAACAUUCUGGGAUACGAAAAGGAGUUGCUGCCGCCGCUGGUCUGGCAGCUGCCGGUGGCAUUGCGACUCUAGCAACAAAAGCUUCUCAUAGCCCGCAAGACAAUUCUGAUAGUGAGGAUCGUAAGGAGCGCAAGCAUCGGAGGAGACACCAUCGUGAUGUACCUGAUCCUGAUGAACUCGCCGGUCGUGUCGAAAGAGAUCUUACCAUUAACGGAGACAGGCAGCUGCAUGACCGUCGCAGAGCCGAUUCAAAACCUGACGAAGCUUUAGAUAACCAAGAGGACCGCCGUGAACGCAGAAGACAUCAUCGCAAGCAUCGAGACAAGUCAGGACGUGGGGAUGAAAGUGACACAACCGAGGACUCUGUUGAGAAGACUCCCCGUCAUCGACCACGUGAGAAAGAUAGAGAGAUUGAGCUUCGGGAGCCGACUCGGCCACGGCGUGAAAGAGAAGCUUCACAAGAAGAUGAAAGAGCCCCUGCGGAGACUGCCACACAGCAACGGACAAUGUCACCAGGUGGAGAUGAGGAUUCACGCCCUCGGCGUGUGCAGCUUGUUGAACCCGUGGAGAAGAAGGAGGAAUUCCGGCCUAAGGGUAUCCUCAAGAAGCCCCGGGCAGUGCCUUUCCCAGAGGACCCCAAUCCUCAACGAGAAGGUGUUGCGCCACUCAAAGAUGCUGGCAAGGAAGGCAUUCCCGUUAAUGCAAGGUGGACGAAGAUUAGUCGUGCUCUGGUUAAUCCAGAAGCCCUCGAAAAAUCGCACGAAAGAUUUGAAGAGAGAGACGACUACGUUAUUGUACUACGUGUGGUAACAAGGGAGGAGAUAAUGAAAUUUGCUGAGAAGACCAAAGAAAUCAGAGAACUACGAGAACGGGAGUGGCAGGCUGAAUUAGAAGAAAAGCAUCGCCGUCAGAAAGAAGAGAACGGCUACAGUGACAGCAGUGACGGUGAUGACGGCCCGCCGAACGUUCCCCGGAUCGAACCUCCUCCCGCGAAUCAACCGGAUUUCAGAGCCCAGUUCCAGCAGCAGCAGCAACAACCACCACCCCCCCAACUCCAACCAAUGCCAGCAAGAGUAGAACAUCCGGUAGCAGUGGCAAACACCACACAGCCAAUUACAGCCCCACCGCUCCCUGCUGGAGGCUUUGGUCCAGGAGCUGGCAUUCAGACCCAACACCAACCAGCGCCACCGUUGCAGCAAGCGAACUUACCAAUACCUCAAAUUCAGGUCGAACCCAUCACCGGUAAUUAUUCGACGAACGUAUGA